GACAUAAUGCCACCGUGAAGUAGGGCCUUGGGGGACAGAGUUAGAAAACAUCACAGUAUAGUUGAAAUGGUUCACGCUAAGAGUCGGUUUAAACGAUUCCAUGUAAAAUGCCCUUCGUCUUUCAUUCGAUUCGGGAUAUUCGUGUUCCUCAACUACGAACAGCUGUUGAAAACGGAACGUUGCCAUAUUUCCAAACACGUAAGGAAAUACCCAUUCGAGAGUAACUUCUACGGAAUAUGUAGUCCACUUGUUUUAGACAAUCACUUAUUAGUUUAUGAUCCCUUUAUUCCUCAGGCAUCCGCUAUGAACGCGAUCCUUUGAAUUUUUUUUCUUUAAAUACAUUGCUACAAUACAAUCUGGCAAACCUGCUUCUCAACCAGCUGUGAGGUUUCCCGCGCUUGCCCGCGCUGAUUAACGGUAUUGACUUGGUGGCGCCGGCGGCUAGUUGAGUAUCGCGAAGUUUGUACUGCUUUCGCAAAUGAAUUCUGUGCGUUUCCGGUAUUGUGUAACUACACGAAGAUUUUAGUACGAAUGUUAAUUUCAGUAAUUAACUUAAUGUUUAUACAACUGUGAACGAAGACACAUGUAAACGAGCCAUAGGGGAAGAUAUCAAAUCACCUGUGAAUAGGACUUCUAAUUAAUUUUUGUAAAAUAUUAAAUAAGACUGUAUUUAUACAUUGUGCAGAAUAUCGAAUUUUGUGUUGUGUGACGCGUAUCAGCGCCUAAUAGAUUUCAAGACAUAACUGAAAACUAUGUCACCAACUCAAACACGGUUAAAAUUUAGGUGUAAAAAGAGAGCAUCAGUGGAAGUUUGUAAAGAGAAUGAACCCACUGUUUUGAAACAAAAUGUGGAAGGAAGUACCGGAGAUUGUAUUAAAGUGGAAGACGAAAACGUGCGGCGUAGUGGUGGUAAAAGGCAAUCAGUUCGACGUGAUGAGAAAGGAAAUGUGAGUCCUCCAAAAAGAGAUAAGUUAUCUAGUGAUGAAAAAUCUCCAUCACCAUCACAACGCCUUAGUAACUUGUAUAUUAAUGAUAGAAAUUCUGGAGAACAUAUACUUCCAAAACGGUUAUUUGACAAAGGCAAAGUAUCUGAAUUGCGAACCUGCUAUCUUGAUUGUGGUUGUUUUCGCCAAGCACGACAAGCUUUACAUAGCUCUACGCCAUCUGCCUUACCAGGUCGUGAAACUGAGAUUCAAGAGUUGAAAACUUUUCUGUCUGAGAAGUUGAAAAAGGCUGCAACUGGAACACUGUACAUAUCUGGACCUCCAGGAACAGGGAAGACUGCCUGUUUAACUUCUUUAUUACAAGAUCCUGAGUUUAAGGAUUUCCGCAGCAUAUAUGUAAAUUGUACUUCCAUGAAAUCAUCUGGAACCAUAUAUUCUCGUAUUUGUGAGGAACUGAAACUAAAGGUUUCUGGUAAAGGAGAAAAAGAGUACUUGCAAGUUCUUGACAAAUUCUGGAAUUCAAACAAAAAAAUGACGAUUCUUAUUCUUGAUGAAAUAGAUCAAUUGGAGAGCAAGAGACAAUCAGUCUUGUACACAAUAUUUGAAUGGCCUUCAAAACUAAAUAGUCAUCUUGUACUAAUUGGUGUUGCCAAUGCAUUGGACUUGACUGAUAGGAUAUUGCCUCGUUUGCAGGCGCAUUUAAAGCUCAAACCUGAACUUAUGCAUUUUGCUUCGUAUACAAAGGAACAAAUUGUUCGCAUAUUGGCAGAGAGACUGAAAGAGAUGGAUGUUACUGAUGUUUUCUCCCCUUCUGCCCUUCAAUUAUUAGCAGGAAAAGUGGCAUCGGUUUCAGGUGAUAUAAGACGUGCUUUGGACAUUGGAAGAAGAGUUCUUGAAUUGGCAGAAGCUGAAAAAUUAUCACAAAUUGCUCCCUUACAACCAUCUACUGAGAGUGCAUCAAAUACAUCGAGUCCUAGAAAGAAAACCAAUGGAUCUGUUCAUCUGAAGAUAGUAAUGGAUGUACUGAACUCUGUUUAUGGUACAUCACAGUCUCUUUGCAAAUCAAAUGAAGGUUCUGAUGAAGAUAAUUUUCCACUGCAACACAAGCUGCUCGUUUGUACAUUACUACUCUUGCUCAAGAAAGGAAAAACAAAAGAUGUAUCUGUUGGCAAGUUGCAUGAAGUGUAUCGUAAAGUGUGUAAGAAGAGAAAUCUAGUUGCCGUGAGUCUGGCUGAGUUUUUUGGUGUGUGCCAACUUGUUGAAACAAAAGGAUUACUUCAAGUUCAAACCAAGAAGGAAACAAGAUUAGCUAAGGUUCGUCUUAUGUGGGAUGAGGAAGAAGUAGCUACUGCUCUGAAGGAUAAGCAUCUUCUCGCUGCUGUUUUGAGUGAUACUACUGUGUUAUAGCAUCUGACUGAACAAUGUAAUUUAUUUUAUAUAUUGUUAUGACUAAACCAAGUUAAGUCAAUGAAUCAUUGCAAUGAAUUGAUUGUAAAUUAAGUUGGGAAAAUAAAUCUUUUGUAAUAAAGAAAUA